AUGGCAACCUCUUUACCCACGGUCGUCUUAGUGCAUGGCGCCUGGCAUACCCCUGCCAACUACAAGAGCUACAGCGACGCUUUAGAAGCACAAGGAUUCAGGGUCCUCUGUCCACAACUACCUUCAUGCAACGACAAAUAUCCUCCUGUCUCUUCAUUUACAGAGGACGUCGCUGCUGUCCGCAAUGUUGUGAAAUCACUCGUCGAAGCUGACGAGCGAGUUUUGAUGGCCAUGCAUUCUUACGGCGGAGCAGUCGGUACCGACGCCGUCGAAGGUCUUACAUUCGCUGACCGCAAGGCUGAAGGAAAAUCCGGAGGAGUCAUCCAUCUCUUCUACAUGUGCGCCUACAUUGUUGUUCCCGGAACAUCGGUCUGGGACAUCUGUCAAGAAGCAGGCUUCGCCGAUCUCUGGCCUCAAUUUAUCCAGAACUUCGAUGAUGGAUCUACAUUCCCCGUCGACCCAUCUCUCUCAUUUCUUGGUGGUGUAGAACAGCAUAUCGUCGAUAAAGCGCUGCCGGAUCUUGUGAGGUCUCCAAUGUCGGCGUUUGAGGCGAAGACAAAGGGGGAUGCGUGGAGAAGAGUUCCUGUUACGUAUAUUUUGACGCAGCAGGAUUAUUCAGUGCCAAGACCGUAUCAGGAUCUUAUGCUUGAAAAGGUGAAGAGUGAGGGGGUGGUGGUUAAGACGGAGGAUUAUGAGACGUGUCAUAGUGUUUUCAUUACGAAGGAGAAGGAAAUGGUGGAUGCUGUUGUGGUGGCAGCGGGCGACGAGAGGAAUUUGACGUAG